AUGAGCGAAGAAUUUGUCACACGAGCACCCAAGGAGUAUCCAUCUAUAUCGGUGGAUAUUACCAAAAUGGAAAUUGAUGAUAAUAAUCAAGAUGAUAGUUUCGAGGAAAAUUCUGCACACCACUGUAUGAUACAACAAUUCAAAUACGAAAUGGUUGAACGUCAAAGGUUGGAAGUAGAACGCGACAAAAAACGUAAAAUAAAACUUCUACUCACACAAGAGCUUGUUGAGAAACAAGCUAAAACGGCAGAGACUCGACGCGAAGUUGAGAAAUUCCUGGUGGCUUCUGCAAAGUUGCGAUCAUUCAUCGAAACUCAACACUAG